AUGAUGGCAAAUGCCCAGAAUACGGCGUCCGCAGGACACGAUUCCGAAAGUCGACAUGCGGCAAUUUUCGGCGUGGGUAUUGGCUUCAUCGUUUUUGACUCCAUUGUCAUUGCAUUGCGCAUAUAUGUACGCGCCUUUAUGCUGCGCGCAGUGGGGACGGAUGAUAUUUUGAUGAUAAUUGGCGCCAUACUCAAUUUUGGGUUAUCAAUAGCGACCAUGAUCGGAGCCAAGUAUGGAAUUGGAAAGCCCGCGAGCGCCAUAAAGGACAGCGACACCGUGCCUAUGCUGCAGCUCAAUUGGCGCAAGAAGGCCGCGAUUUUGGGAAUUUUUGGCCUGGGUAUUUUGUCUGUCGCGGCUGCCUGCGUUCGAUACAACUUUGUCACAAAACUCACGUCCGCCACCUCGAAUUACUACCUUGUCUUGGCUGACUCUCUUAACUGGUGCGCAAUCGAGGGUUACGUCGCCAUUUUCUGUGGUUGUGCCCCCUCCCUCUCAAUACUUUUCAAAACCUAUCUCCCCUCUCUUUUCGGCCCGAAGUCCGCCAAAUACGAAAGCACCUCCAAAUCGCCCGGGACAAGCAACCUGCAGCGAAUAAACCCUCGAAAAGGCCAUCGUCGUCGAGGAUUGGGUGAUACGACGUUGGGUAGCCAGGAUGCCAUUGUUACCGCCGGUAAUACCGACCCCGAUCAUGAUGGGAUUAUGAUGAAGACAGAUAUACGGAUGGAUGUUGCGAAGAAGACCUCGACGGAGGAUAUGACUUAUCAGAGGGAGUAUUAUGAAUUCUCAAGGCGGCCAUAG